AUGCUUUUGUUAGUGUUUUUUACUUUAAUCUAUAGAGUUCAAAGCCAAGACAAGUUGAUCUCAUUGACGAAAACAGAUGGAUCUUACACGAUGUCCGGAUAUCAAUUUAGACCUUAUACUCGUAUCAUCGUCGAGAACAAGGACAACCCACAAGGAUUGAUUUGGGUCAUGUCCACGGUGACCACUGGAACUGUUAUGUCCCAAGCUGUGAUCACAGAUGACAACGGAAAUCAUUCAGCCGUUCCCGUCGUGGAUUACUUUGGCUCAAAGCUGACCCUCUUUUUGGGAGUCGAUCAAAACCGAAAUUUUGUCAUUUCAUUCACACGAACUGAUUUGACAACUCCUAGCGAAAGUCCAAAAUUCGAUGCCGGGAUUGCUCCAGUGCUGACGAGUGGGCAGUCCAACGGGCCCACAGGCGUUAAUCCCUUGCCGAUCAUUUGGACAUUUGUUCCUUUCGAUGAUGAAAGACCGUACCCGGCAGUCGAGUGUCUUGUUGGCGAGAUUCAUACCCCAAACUGCACAGUCGAGAUGUACCUCGGGGGGCAGCCAAACGAGGCCGGCAAAGGAAAGUAUUGGCUGCUCAGCUUUACCCAAGAAAACGUUCAAAAAUAUAAAACAAGCACUGUCUACGGUAAUGGAGUGACAUUUGUUGUGCCAGCUUAUUGCAAUGCUGAGUAUGCGUGCAGGGGAAAAGACUUAAUCUCAAAAGCGAAAGCUGAUGAGAACUCGAUGGGUUUUGUGAUGUCUCUACAGUACCCGGGUGUCUUCGAUACUGAAUAUUUCUCAACGGCUGCUUCGAUUACAGCCUGGUCGUGGAUAAAACCAUCCAAUAUCAUUUUCACCGUGCAAUCUUGGGACGCGGGAACAAAGGGCUAUCUGGGGAUCACGAUCGGUGAAUCGGGUAUCGGUGAUUAUCACAAUUUAACUGGCGCCUCUUUCACACCAACAACUUAUACGAAAUUUUCCGAUCGCUUUGUGUCUCACACUUGUCUCACACACAAACCAAAAUCCUACUACGAAAGAGGAAUCCGCAAAUUGCUUGUAAAAUGGGCAGAAGUCGUCAAUAAUAAUGGGAAUUAUUUGGAA